CAUCAUUGUUACUUACUGUACCGCGGAGCAAACGGACACGGUGCUAUAUACCGAUCGCACGAUGGCCAUGCCCGAAUCGACGUCACCUGCUGGGACGAAGCGUCCACAUCCCUCCACGACAGCAACAGCAACAGCAUCGGCAUCACCAGAACACAGCACCAAGAGGAGGAGGAUAAUCCACCAUGCGCUCAAGCAUGUGCAGCACAUUCCGCAAGAUAUCGAACCGGCGCCCCAGGACCCAGUCUUUGCGCAAGGCCAGCUCUUAAAGAGCAUCAGCGCCGCUCUCGUGAUGGUCGGCUACGACGCUGUCCUUCCCACCGCCCUCGAGAUGUUCCGCUCACACGUCGAAGAGUACAUGCUCAAAUUCCUCUCUCAUACACGAACCUCGAUGCACAACAACCGCCGAACAAUACCGACCGCGCUCGACUUCUCUCAGUCACUCGCAAACAUGCCCUCGUCACAUCUGCCACAGCUACUGCUCCCGCAACUUGCGCUAGACGUGCCUGAGGACAUAUCCUACCCCUCGAUACCAGAGCCCGAUCCAGCGCCUCCCAAAAUGGACGACUUCUCGAAGCUGCUCGAGCCGCUGAUUGAGCAGCAUCCACCGGCAUGGAUGCCUCGUCACUUCCCUCCACUACCGCCCAAGCACUCAUGGAAGGAGACCGCAGUAUUUCCACAACGAGAAACAGAUUCGCGCAAGCUGCGCGAGAAAGCAACGGAGGAAGGUGUGCUCGCGGAGCAGGCCUUGAGAAGACUGGCAGCUGCGGCUAAGUCUAGCGCGGUCCACGCGGAGAAGAAUCGGCAUAAUGCGCUGAGAGGUGAAGGCAAAGUUAGGAAUCCUUCACGCCCAGGUGGUAGAGCUGCCGCUAGAAAACACGAAGAUACGUUCGCAGAGAUGCUGAGGGAAGAGGGCGGCGGCGAUGAAGCAGCGGAACUUGCAAGUGACGCUGCAGAUACGAGGACGGGCGUGGAUCUGAGCAUGCCGGAAGGAGUAGUGGUCAAUCACCACAAUGCAUAUUGGAGACGGCCUGGGCAGAGGCGAGGCACGCGAACAUAGGCGGACCAUGCCUCACUUCUUCGUGCUCGCAAUAUAUCUGAUUCUGUCCCGGGAAGAGCACGAAAGUUGGGCCGUAUAUCUGACACCAUACUUUCGACCAAGUCCGAGGAGAUUGACGAGACCGACGGGCUCGAAACAGAGGACGAAGAAAGGGAGUAUUGCUACCACGGUUGCGAUACCCCGUAUGAUUCAGCGAAAAUGCUGAGAUGUGCCGGCGAGGACUGCGAGCAAAGAUGGUUUCAUUUUGAAUGCGCCGGCAUUGAAAAAGCAACAAAUGACAAAAAGUAGUAUUGUCAAGAGUGUUUGCUGGCAACAUUACACGCUUCAUCCGAGAAGGCGCAAGCCACUUUGCAAAGGCUCAGCGAGACAUCUUGACGCGAUUCCGUCGUCAUUGGAAGCCCUCGGCGUAGAAGCCGACAGGAAAAGCACGAGUACCUGGUAGCGGCGCAGAUGCUGAUAUUGCGACGCGGAGAUGGGCUUAGUGCUGGCGUAUCACUAGCGCGGCCUGUCGUAGCAUUGGGAAACUGCUACAGGCAAUAACGGAACAUGGCGUGCGAGCGUCCUUUUGAUGGGUAUCCGCGGCGUCUGUCACAGCUAGGCGUAGUCAGGCCGAAGAUCCAACCUGAACGCGAUAUUCGAAGACCCAGUUUUUAUUAAGCGCCGGCGCUGGCAGGGCUAUUAUUGUUACACUGUACAUUGAGGCAUAUGAGCUUGCCAACUGUAGUAUAAGAGUAGCAUCGUGGUUUCGUUCGUGUAGAAGAAGCGAGGUACCCACCGUUCCGACCAUGUUUGGUCGUACACCACGGAUUUCUC